AUGGCCUUCUUUGACUCGGUGGAAAGUCUCCCCUCCACCGACAACUACUUCUCAGACACUGACUCCAUCAGCGACGUUGACUCCAUCACUGAGGCUGAAGACCGCAUUACUAGCAGGUACUGUUCCAGAAGGUUCAAAGUGUGGCAAAGAGGAAAGGAAAAGGAGCAGAUCAAGGGGUACGCUGAUUGGCUCAGAGAGGAAAGAGAACUUUCUGGCGAAGAUUAUGGGAAGUUGAGGAGCUUCAUGAGAUCGGUUUAUAAGAAGGAGGUGGCGCUUAUCGCCAUUGACUUUGAGGCGUGGGAGAAGGAUACCGAGUUGGUCACUGAGAUUGGAAUUUCCAUCUACGACCCUAUGAAGCAAAAGGGGGCGUUGAUUCCGUUUAUCCAGCUGUCUCAUAUCAUUAUCAAGGAGAAUGAGAAGAGAAAGAAUGGAAAGUAUGUGCCCAACCAUACGGCUAACUUCAAUGGAGGCAGAAGUUUGGUGAUGUCGCUUGCUGAGGCUGCCAAGGGCAUCAAUGACAUUAUUGCGCUGAACAACCUCCCAAACAAGAGCCACGGCGCUGGUGUUUGCUUGGUGGGACACGGCAUGUCCCAGGAUUUGAAGUGGCUCAAGGAUAUGGGCGUUGACGUUGGAUGCGCCGGCAUCAUAGACACCCAGGAAGUACUUUCCUAUACACACGAUAAGAAGGUUUCCAGUUUGAAAAAGGCAUUGAGACUUGUUCGUCAGCCAUGUGCCUUUUUGCAUAACGCUGGUAACGACGCUUAUUACACCAUGUUGCUUUGUCUCUGUUUGGCCGAUCCGUUCUACCGUUUGACGGCUGAGAUUGACGAUAGAAAGACGAUGAAAAACUUUAAGGCUGCUGGCUCCGAACCUAAGGAGCAUCACAAUAUAAGUAAGAAAGUGAUUGGUUCCGUUCAGAGAUUGAAGCAGUACCUUAAGCGCCAACCUCUUUAG